AUGAUAAAGCGACUUUGUGCACGGGGUAAAAGGAACGAGGGUGGCGGCUCCUCCUGCCAGACGCCCAGGAAACGCCCCCGGGGAGCUAAGCGCUACGAGUGCAGCGAGUGCAGGAAGGUCUUCACCCACUCGUCCUCCCUCCAGAGGCACCGGAGAAUCCACACGGGGCAGAAGCUGCACAAGUGUGACGAGUGCGGGAAGGCCUUCAGUCGCCCCUCAUACCUCAGGACGCAUGUGAAAACCCACAGUGGGGAGAAGCCCUACGCGUGCAGAUUCUGUGGGAAGACAUUUCUGCGUUCCUAUUCUCUCACUGAACACAUAAGGACUCACACCGGGGAGAAGCCCUUUGAGUGUGAGCAGUGUGGGAGACCCUUCAGCUGCCCCAAGUCCUUCCGCGUCCACGUGAUGAUGCACACCGGAGGGAAGCCUUACGAGUGUAAGCAGUGUGGGAAAGCCUACAGCUGCCCCAAGUCCUUCCGCGUCCACAUGAUCAUGCACACCGGGGAGAAACCCUAUGAGUGUAAGCAGUGUGGGAAAGCCUACUGCUGGCUCACGUCCUUUCAAAGACACGUGAGAAUUCACAAUGGAGAAAAACCCUAUAAAUGUGAAAAGUGUGGGAAAGCCUUCGGCUGGCCUUCGUCCCUGCACAAACACGUCAGAAUGCACACUAAAAAGAAAUCACUAAGUGUUGGCAGGAUGGGAGCCCCUUCAGGGGGCUCCUGUCCUUCCACGAGUGUGAUCCUGCAGAACGGAAAGCGACUCUACAGAUGUGACAAGUGUGGGAAAGCUCUGGGCUGGGCCUCUUCCUUGCGUAAACACCUGAGAAAGCACACUGCAGAGAGCGCUGUGAGUGUGAGCGGUGCAGAAAAGGCUGUGAGUGUGGGCGGUGCAGAAAAGGCUGUGAGUGUGAGCGGUGCAGAAAAGGCUGUGAGUGUGGGCGGUGCAGAAGAGCCUCCCAGGGGCCCUCAGCCUUCCGAAAACGCAGCGCAGUUGGAAGAGAAGCCCUAUAAAUGUGAAAAAUGUGGGAAAGAUUUCAGUUGUGCCAAAUCCUUUCAAGGUCAUAUGAGAAGUCGCCAUGGAAAGAAACCCUAUAAAUGUAAGUAG